UCGACGGCACAGUCCAGUCCGGCUGCAGACGGCUGAAGCUUCAACUCCGACUGCGCUCUUCCUCGCCGCGCGCGUUUUUCUUUUCUUUUUUUUCUUUCUUUCUCAAUGGACAUCGCGGCAGUGGCGGGGGGCUCGCUCGGUCCCCGUUUGAGUUGCCUGUGACGAAACUCCACCCCUUUCGCUUUUUUUUUUUUUUCCGGUACACAUUUACGUCUAAUCUGCGCUGGCGUUGGAUUACGACUCCUCCGUGGCUCGGGACGGAUUUACCUGAGAGCUCCUCAGUCUUGGCGGUGAAUGGAGAAGAAGAUGCACCUUUCAGAUGUCGCGGACGUCCGUCGACCUGGAGGUCUACAAGGCUUUUCAGUAAUCUCUCGCAAAGGUCCUCUAUGAACGUGAGGAGCACUUGGGGGCGUUUAAUCCGAUCCAGGACGCCAGCAGGAUGUCUCAGGUCUUUGUUCUUACCCUUCUAGCUUUCUCAGUCAACAUUCAGAGAUUAUCGGCUGAAAUUAUGGAGCAUCUGCUGGAGAAUUGGAAAGCCUACAGUCAGCAGUGCGAACAUAAAAUGAAAACGGACCCUCCAUCUGCAGGUCUGGUGUGCAACAGAACAUUUGACAGAUAUGCUUGUUGGCCUGACGGUCUGCCAAAUACCAUUGUUAAUGUCUCCUGUCCUGAUUAUCUCCCAUGGCACGACAAAGUCAAAGAUGGACUUGUGUUCCUGAAAUGCGAGGCCAACGGGACGUGGCUUAAAGGCGACAAAGGGCUGCUACUGAAGAACGCCAGCCAGUGUGAGGUUUACGACCAAGAGCAGGAGAAGAUUGGGAGGACACUGACCACGCUGAACAUUGUGUAUACUGUCGGCUACUCUCUGUCAUUGGCAGUGCUUAGUUUGGCUCUGGCGAUUCUCAUUGGCUUCAGGAAGCUGCACUGUAUGAGGAAUUACAUCCACAUGAACCUCUUUGCAUCUUUCAUCUUACGGGCCGUCUCCAUCUUGAUCAAAGACGCUUUAAUGAACAUCGGCGUGUUUGAUCGGCAGAAGGACAUCCCGGCCCAGCUGAAUGCCGCCAAUGAGAGUUACAUCGGCUGUAAGAUCGCCAUGGUGUUAAUCCACUACAGUAUGAUAUCCAGCUUCAACUGGCUGCUGGUCGAGGGCCUCUACCUUCUCAACCUGCUUGUGCUGACUGUGUUCACGGAGAAAAGUUAUUUUAAAAUGUACCUGUGUAUUGGCUGGGGAGCUCCACUUCUCUUUACAGUACCAUGGGUGAUAGUCAAGUACCUCUACGAAAAUAAAGAAUGCUGGGGAAGAAAUGAAAAUAUGGCAUACUGGUGGAUCAUUCGCGUCCCAAUCGUUCUCGCCAUCGUGAUAAAUUUUUUUAUUUUUUCCCGUGUUAUAAUGAUACUUGUGUCCAAGCUGAGAGCUCACCAGAUGGGAUACACAGAUUACAAAUUUCGGUUAGCCAAGUCCACUCUGACCCUCAUUCCGCUGCUGGGGAUGCACAAAGUUGUGUUUAUUGCCGUGACCGAUGAAAAUGCCCAUGGCACCUUGCGCUACAUCAGAAUGUUUUACCUGCUUUUCUUCAACUCAAUUCAGGGUUUGCUGGUUUCGAUUUUGUACUGUUUUGUCAAUAAAGAGGUACAGUCUGAGCUUGUGAAGCGCUGGAAGCGCUGGAAACUGGGCAAAGACAUCGAUGAGGAGUACCGGCACACAAACAGUCAGAGCGGGCAUGGCAAAACCGGGAGCAGCACGAUGACUCCGUAUUUCGAGAAGCACAAGCUCGUCGGCAGCUACCAGAACGGCUCAGGGAGGAAAGACAGCAGCCUGCAGCCGGCUGCCCCGCAGACUUUUCCCAGCUGCCCCGAAAGCGGCUGCUCUCAAGGCACUGAGCCGAUGAACCUCAGUGCGCAGAUGCACUGCUAUGAGUUUCCACAGGAGACGUCUGAGAGCAGCUUCUGAGAGGCUGGCGAGAGUCCUGGACACCCGCCCUCUACCCCCCCCCCCCAACUAGGGGCGGACCUCCUGUCCGCCUGCAGACGCCGUGCAGAAUUGCAGCAACUGUUGUCGAUGUCGCAAGUGAAAGUGCUGCACAGUCCAUCUGCAACCAUCACAGCUUCCGUAAUGGUGACUCUUCCAUGGUUUGUAAGCUAUGGCAGUCAUAUGCUUGGCAGCAGCUUUGUCUUUUCAGAAAAAAAAAGAGGUUCACGUUUUUUUUUUACAUAGAAACUAUUUCUUUAAAAAAAAAUUUUAAAAAUCACUUGCAGCAUUCAUUUUGCUUACUGUGAACAAAUAUGGUGGUGCAUUGACGUACUCGAGCAGCCACUGCUCUCCGUUGUUUUUUUUUUUAUGUCCGUUGGUGUGCUGUUGAUGUCUGGUCCUCACUGAGUGUCCACCGGCUCGGGUUACAAAGCUUUUAGAAAUGAGGGCGAGAUCUGCAACACUCGGAUGAUAGACAGGCGAGGCUUUUUGGCCUGGAGACGGCGCACUGCAUUCCUCGUUCAUAAUCCACGGCCUAGUAAGGCCAGCAACGGGGAAAACGAGCAGCGGCGUGACAGUUUUAGACAGUUCUGCUCUUCCGUCCAUUAGGAUUCUUGAAAGGAGGACGUCAUUGGGCAUAAAACGGAAUGAGCCGCCACACCCUAAGGCAACACAUACAGUAUUAAGCACCUGUCAUGGCCAACGUCUUGGCCAAGCAUUCAGUUGCAUAGAAAUACCAAAGGGUUAGGAUUAGGGUUUGGGUUACAAUCUUGGAGAUUUUCAAUCUUCACGACAUCAAGCUAACUCUUAUUGUUCAGGUAGUCGGGAUUCCUCCUAACGCUUGAUUUGUCCUCUGUAAGAAGACGGAAAGGCACAACAGGGCACACGGGAUGUAGGCUUGUCUUUAACAGUGCCACGGCUCGGUUGUGUGGGUUCCUGCUUCUCGUUGAGCUGCGUCCUCCAGGGUAGCUCGACUCAAAGUGAGACACCUCCUUCUGGGGAUGCCCAGCUUUAGAGGACCUGGCUUGGAAGGGGUGGAGUCAGUUGCUCUCACUGAGCAUCUUCUGGGGACUAUGGGGUUAGAAACAGGUGAGAAGGUUAGCGACAGCACCCUCUCUUGCUUUGGAGGUGGUACUACAUACGUCAGCUGAGCAGCCCACUUUCAUGAGGGCAUGAUGGUGUUCAUUUACACCGGUUACAUUCACAACCCACUCGGCUUUGGAUUUGAUGGCUUUGUAUUUUGCAAAGCAAACAAUUUCCGAUAGCUUGAAGUAGGCUGGCACCCACCAAGACUUCAUACCGACACUUCCUCAUUCUGCCCUUAGGAGUACCAGCAAUUUCAGUUUUCCAGCAUGUGCCAACACUGCACUCCACUACCACUCCAUACACCUUUCAACAAGCUUUUCCACUUCCAAGAGGUUUCUGAAUAUCAGCAUGCCUUCAAGGGGGAAGAUCAGCAAUCUUUCCAAAUUAGUUUAUGUACCCGCGCUCCGAAAAAAUCCGGGUGGACAGAAUUGCAUUAGCCACUUCAAAUUGUGUUUCACUAACCUGGAGACUCCAUUUAUUUAGCACAAAACAACAAGUAGAUACCGUGCCAGAUGUCACCAAGAAAGGAAAUUACGGUGCGUUGGCCAGUUUAAAAGAGAAGAGUUCCUCAUAGGCAGGUUCAGGAGUCACAUAGGAGCCUUCUCCAACCUGAGUUGGGGUCCAGAAUGCAGAUAGAUAGAUAGAUAGAUAGAUAGAUAGAUAGAUAGAUAGAUAGAUAGAUAGAUAGAUACUUUAUUAAUCCCAAGGGAUGACCUCCUGUAGGGAUCGUUGAGUUUUUAUAUAACCCCUACCGAAAGGAUAUGCCAGCUAUGGGUACCGUGGUCGGGUCAGUUGCCCACUGCUGGUGGCUUCUUGGAGUUGCAGGUUGAAAGGGAGAAAUCAGUAGCAUGACUGCCCCCUCUUGUCCCAUCGUGGUACCGUGUAUCUCAGCAGAACCAGGAAGGUGAUCCCCAGACGCACAUGCACGACACAGCAUACCUUCCAAACUUCCUGCUCUGUCUGAAUUAUUUUCUGAAUAUCAGCUUUUGGAUCUCCGAGUGGGAAAGUGUUCAUCCUCACUGUCCAAAAAAUGUACACCUUCAGACCUCCAAAUAGAACUACUCUCUGAAAUAGUUUCCGUAUGUCAGUGUGCUUUUGGACCUCCGAGGAGACCGCCAGCUUUCUUCAGUCUCCGAACCAAUCGUAAUAUUGUCAUGAGCAUGAGGAUGUUUUUCCGAUUUCUGUCGUGACUUUUCGCUCUUUGAAUAACUGAUCGAGAAGGAAGCGGAAUGUGAGCAGCGGAGAUUUACCGAUAAACUGACAGAAACAAAAAGUUCAAAACUUUACAGAUCAGAGAUUGUUCUCACCACAAAAAUAAAUUUCAAAUUGUAAACAGUUGUUUAGAAAAAAACAGAAAGUGAACUACCCCGGUAGAAAUGGAAGACCACAAAAUGACAAGAUCAGGAGAUGAGAGAGAGAGAGACAGAGACAGAAAUUCAAAGCAGGCCAAGGCGAAACCAUGAGACAGAAAAUUAAAUAGAAAAGCCCAGUACACAAAGUGGAAAAAUGCACAAAGCCCUCAUUCCCAAAUUCAUUCAUUUUCCAUCGCUUAUCCGAAACCGGGUCAAGAAGGUAACAGUCUUAGCAGUGAGGCCCACACGUCCCUUUCCCCAGCCACACUUGCUAACUCGUACUGUGGAAUCCCAUGGUGUUCCCAGGCCCUCCCUAUGAGCCCUGGAGUCUUCCCUGGGGUCUCCUCCAAUCUGGUCCUGCCUGUAAGACCUCCCCAGGGAGGCAUCCAGGAGGCUUCCGUAUCAUUCCCAAAUGAUCUUUUGAAAUACCUAGAAUACACUACAAUUUAUGUAUUUUUUUUUAAAUCCGGAAUUUCGGACAUGGAGGAGAGGAUGCUGCCAUGUUUAGUACUGUCAGUAUGGCAAUAUUACUUAUUGCACUCUCAGGAACCAGAUGACAGCAACCGAGGAGCAACCAGAAUGGCAGCACACAAAAAAAUGACCACUAAAAUGGCAGCCAAAUUGUAAACAAAAUAACGUUAAAAAUGAAUAACAAAACCCUAAAAUAUAGACCCAAACGAGAUCUACAGAAAAUAACAGAAUGAAAAGUCUUCUUUUUUUCCAGAGUGAGUUUUCUCGUUGAGGUUCUUCUCCUUUGCUGUUAACAAAGUUUGGGCGUCAUCUUAUAAAUAGGCUGGAUCUUAAAUACGAUAGCCACCAGGACGUGAUACACACGUGACGUUGAGCGUGGUUCACAUAGUUAUCGUAGCCAAGAUGCAAAUGUGUAAGUCCCGCGGUCGUAGAUAUCAGCAUGAAAUCACUGGGAGAUGAUGCCAGUACUGAAAGAGCUAAUCCAGGAGUAAAAGUCAAGAGCCAAAUAUGAUGGGAAACCGAGCGUUAAAAUUUGAAGCGAAAAAAGGAAAAGAUCCUGAUGAUAACCGAAUUUCCUCUCCCUAUUCUAAUAAACCGUUAAUCGUUUUUAAGCAAAUCCAAUGCCUGAACACCAAGUAAUGCACGCUGCCAUAUUAUAUAAUGUUGACAAGAUAACAUCACACUUCAUCACAUUGGUAAAUUGCACUGACACCGUGCUGCCCCGGUAGACAAUGUUGAAGGGGAAAAACAACCAGAAAUGCAACUGCAACAUCUUUACUGAAACAACCAUAAGAAUGACGAUGUAAAAACCCUAAACUGAAGGUCCCCAAACGUAUUCCUGACAUUAGCGUUGUAGUUGCAAUGGCCACGAUGUCUCCAAUGCAGAACGGAGAAAAAAAAUCAAGACAAAACGGUAGGACAGAAUAAGGACAUCAUUUCUGAAUUUCAUAUACCUGAAUGUAACAGAGUUAAGGAGUUGGUUUAUUGCAAAAGCCACGCAGGGAAUGUUGCAAACUUAUCUCCAAGAAUAUCAAUAGAGGAUGCCUGGGCUCCUGCCGCGUUCCUUUAGCUCCAUAAAAUUGGAUUCAAAUUAGUGAGAAGAACAUGGAGACAUGUCGCCAGAUUACCGAAUUGCUUGCAGUAACUUGACUUCUGACUAAUAGAGGGGCUCACUCUUAAUAGAAAAACGCGAUACUUGGCGCCUUCAUAAAAGGAGUUCUGAACUCUCCACCACUACUUAAAACCUCCCGAUAUUUCAAAUAGAAUGAACUGUGGAUGUUUGACGGGACACUUGAAGAUAUCAAGGAAGUGUUGGGGUACCUGGCUGGUCACCCCUUUUAAUCAAAAUGAAUGCUUGAUGGCGUUACAGGCAAUUUAAAACAAAAAAAAGCAGUCUUCAUGACGUUCUUUUAAUGGUAUUUCGCUCGAUAGAGCAGGUCAUCCUCGGGAGAUCUGUGCUGUUUGCAGUUUGGGUCUGAUAUGAGACUCCAUGGUGGUGUCCGCUCUUUUAUAGUCCUCUGGCCAGCAGCAGUGGAGUCCAGUUGUUCUCAGUGGGCGUCUUCUCACUGCCUUGGGUGACAAAAGAGACAACAAUGUUAGCAACUGUGCCCCCUUUUGCCUUGGGGUGGUAUCUCUGGGGUGAUCCUCCGAUGCGUCUGCGUGACAGGACUUUGUGUAAAAUAUCAACACUCAUCACCACAACCCACUCAUGUUUAAGGUACUGUAGGCCAAUUGUUCUUUACAGUUUUUCAUGAUGUUCACAAGUAACAUGUGACUUGGCAAAAUGAGUUCAUUUUUAAAGUUGCUCAUCGUGGGUUGAACAGUCGAAGUGCCAAAUCUUGAUGAAUUUACAGUUGAAAUCGCGAAUCAAGAUGGUCUGUCCUUAAGAGUUGCCGUUUUGUAUAUAGGUGUCCUUAAAGCACUGAUAGUUCACUGUAUCAGGAAAGAAAGCUAAGCAAACUGCAAAAACAAACCUAAAAAGAGAGAGAGAGUGAUGAGUAGCACAAAGCAAAUGAAAGCACAGCAAAUAGAUGAAUUGAGAUGUGCUCAAUGGCCAGCUUGCUCAUCCAUCUCUGUGUGUCUUUGUUUAUUUUCUGGGCUGCACCUUCUAUGUGUUGCAUGAAAGCACAAUCAAAUUUUUGAAUUUUCACAUUUGUGCCUUUUUACACGGGCAGUGGUGCUGCAGUAGACAUCUGAAGCGUACGAGCAACAGUUGAGGAACCAAAUAGGUCUCAGACUAGAGGACAGUUUCUCCAGCAUACAAGGUCUCCAAGAUGUCCUCUUCUGUCAUUCCUGGAGUGUAUUUCACUUAGAGCCAAGCUGAUGGAAUGGGAUGAGCUUAAAUGUGGGUGGGGUUCAAAGUUUAACUCCACCCAUAAAUGUGUAGAUGUCAGAGUUUUUGC